AUGUAUAGAUAAUUUCGAGAGGAUGAUACGUGUAAUAACUUGUGUUAUAGCGCUAUUAUUUUUCGUGAAAUCAUUCUUUGCAUUAAAGUAGUUGUGUAAUGCGAAAACGUUUUGUAUGUUUAGUUCUGUUUGUUACUGUAAAAGAAAAUUUUCGAGAAAGUUAACAAAAAUGUUGUUGAGAAUAUACUCUGUGUUUGUUCUAACGAUGGAUGUCUUGAUGCUCCUUACCAGAGUAUGCUACAUAAUUUUGUCUUCGAUAUAUAGAAUUAUCAGACCACAGCCAUUGAAAAGCCUCUAUGGCGAAGUUGCUAUGGUUGUGGGUGCAGGAAGUGGAGUGGGUAGAGAACUUGCUUUACAUUUGUGUCAACUCGGUGUCACAGUUGCUUGUGUAGACAUUAAUGUUGAAAGUUGCAACGCUACUGUACAACGUGCCCUGCAGUUACAUGGAAAAUGCAAAAGAUAUCAAUGCGACGUGAGGGACAAUAAUGCGGUUGUUUGUACGGUAAAUCUUAUUAAGGACCAAUUGGGAAAUAUUACAAUGCUCUUUCACUGCUGUGGAUUACCCAGUCCACGUGCAUUGAUAGAGGAACCACCAGGUAUAAGAACUACUAUGGAUUUGUCUGUUAUUAGUUACUUUUGGCUAUUAGAUGCAGUUUUGCCAUGUAUGCAACGUGCUGGUAGAGGCCACAUCACAAUUUUGUCUUCUGUGGCUGGUCUUGCCAGUGGUAGGAGUAGAAUUCCUUUAUCUACUGCACAAUUUGCAGUCCAGGGAUUAGCCGAAUCCUUACUCAUGGAUUUAAGACAUUCGUGUAAAAAUAUCAUUGUUACAUUAGUCCAUGUUUAUCCAUUCAUCAUUGGGACAGAAGUUGCCAAAGAUAUAUGCUUCAGAUUACCAAGUUAUUUUGGUACAAUGCCUGCUGCAGAAGCUGCUAGAAAAAUUUUGACCAGUGUUCGCCGAAAUUAUGCAGAAUGUAGUGUACCAGGAUAUUUGCUCUAUCUUGGACAUAUUCUCAGAAUCCUUCCAAAAGAAGCAUCUAUUAUGUUGCGAGAAAUGUUAGAUACUGGAGUCGAUUUUGCAUAAAUAUGUAACAUGUAAAUAUUUUAACUAAAUAUGUAAACAUACACAAA